AUGACCUUUCUCAAAUCUGAGCGUCCUUCUCAUACCCCUAGCACCGCCGAUGCGUGUAUAAAGGGAGUUGCUAACACCCCCACUACUACUCCCUUAUCCCCUACUAACUCGGAGAUAUCAUUCAAGAGUGCAGUGGCCUCCUUAGACGAGCCCUCCUCCCCAUCGAGUAGCAGUACCACAUCAUUAUCAUCCUCCGAGCCGUCAUGGGCAGACACGGUCGUCAGGAGCAUCUUCCAACCACUUGAUCAACUAAUGAAGGCAGCGGAUGCCAAGACCCGUGCCGCCCGCGAGACGGCUGCGCAAGCUCGUGAGUUCCGGGAUAUCUGGCGGAGGAUCUUCGAGAGAUCAGACCUAGGCUCCCUUUCCAAAGUGGAAGUAUUAUCUAGAUUCAGAGAGGCCUGCCAGUCAUGCGAUAUAUCACUUGAUCAUGUAUACGACAACCUACCCCACAUAGAGCUGCCCGACCCCAAUUUGAUCCUCCGCUAUCUCCGAGCUAUCCAAGUGGCCUAUGGCGCCUUUGGUAAGGCCAAGAGGGCGGAGUGCGCCCUUCAUGCUGAGUACAUCCUCCGUUAUUGCCCUGAGGUGGCCCAUGUCGUCUUCAUUUCGAAGUUCUCUGCUCAGAACAGGCCGGUGUUCUAUGUACUACAUACAUCUAGUAAUAAUGUUGUUGUAGUAGUGCGUGGCACCAAGAGCAUAGCUGAUGCCGUUACGGACUCCUUCUGUGAUACGGCUCGGUUUACGGACUCUCCGGUAGACGAAGGCUAUGAGGUCCACAGGGGGAUGGGUAUUUCCGCUAAUUACGUGGCCCGUACUGCCAUGCCUUAUGUUUUGGAGGCUCUUGAGAAGUGGAAGUGUGAUAGACUGAUUUUAUUAGGUCACUCUCUGGGAGCAGGGACGGCCAUUCUAACGAGUGUAUUGUUGGCUAGAGCACUCACUGUGAAAGUCGAUUGUUACACAUUCGGGUGUCCCCCAGUUGCUACCAAGAGAGAUCUCCCUUGCCCUAGUAACCUCUCAAUGACUACCUUUGUGAAUGAGGAUGAUAUUGUCGCUCGACUGUCCCUGCUGGGGAUCGAUGAGGUUCUGAACGCUAUCAACCCCAAGGAGAGGGCUAUGGCCCCUCGAGCGUAUAUACCCAGUACUGUGUACUUGCUCAAGGAAGCCGACGACGGCACUGUAACGGUGUAUAGGACUGAUGGGGCGUGCCCUGCCCUCAGCGCUGAGGUGAUGCUGUACUAUUGUAUGCAGAUCAGUGGGAACAGGCAGAUGGCGUUGAAGAGCCUGAAUGAUCACGCCACGGUGGAGUAUGAGAAGAAGAUAUCCGCGUUGGUUCGUAGUGCUGACGAAGCAUGGCAAGGUGGCUUCGCUCGAUUUAAUGACACAUAG